ACAAUGGAGGCGGAUUCAGUUGUUAGAGAAGCGUGAGUCUGUGAAUGAAGACUUCUCACAGGAUAAAAACACACACACAUGUGGAUAUUUAACAGUUUCCGUUUAGCUGCUGGGCUCAGAUCCACAGGCUGUUCAGGUGCACAGGGGGGGGAUGUGUGCAUCAUGUUUGAUUUCCUCCUUCAGUCUCUGAAACCUGCCACAGGUCACAGGUCAGGGGUCAGAUCUGUUUAGUCAUGUUUCCACGUGUGGGUCGUGGGAUGUGGAGAGCUGCCGUCCACUCGCUCACAAGCAGCAGAAGAACUCCAGCGUUCAGGCUCCUGACCACCCAGGACUGCACCCCCCUAUCUGCACUGGCUGAUGCCGAGACCAUCUUUUCACUGUCGUCGGGUCACGGCCGGUGUGGGGUCGCUGUGGUGAGAGUCAGCGGUCCGUCCUCAGCGACAACACUGCAGUGCAUGGCCGGGCUCACACACCGCCUUCCUCCCCCCCGCACCGCCGUUCUGCGCAGCAUCACAGACCCCAUGAGCAAAGAAGUGUUGGACCGAGGACUCGUCAUCUGGUUCCCAGCUCCUCACAGUUUCACGGGAGAGGACAGUGUGGAGUUCCACAUCCACGGUGGUUCUGCUGUCAUUAGUGCUGUCCUUCAGGCUCUAGGAAGCGUGCCUGGCAUGAGGCCUGCUGAAGCUGGGGAGUUCACGCGGAGGGCCUUUCAAGCCGGGAAACUGGGUUUAACAGAGGUGGAGGGACUCGGGGAUCUGAUCCACGCUGAGACGGAGGCCCAGAGGAGACAGGCUCUCAGGCAGAUGUCCGGAGAUCUGGGACGCCUCUACCAGGACUGGAGCCACAGACUGAAACGGUGUCUGGCUCAUGUCGAGGCCUUCAUCGACUUCAGUGAGGAUGAACUCAUUGAGGACGGGGUCUUAAACCAAGUGGACACAUCGGUGAGCUAUUUACGAGCAGAGAUGGAGCGACACCUAAAGGACGAGAGGAAGGGCGAGCGGCUUCGCAGCGGAGUUCAGGUGGUCAUCGCCGGAGCUACUAACGCGGGGAAAAGUAGCCUCCUCAACACACUCUGCCAGAGACCUGCUGCCAUCGUGUCCCCUAUUGCUGGGACCACCAGGGACAUAGUGGAGACGGCUCUGGACAUCGGUGGCUUCCCCGUCCUCCUGAGUGACACGGCCGGCCUCAGAGAAAGCUCGGACCUGGUGGAGAGAGAGGGCGUCCGCCGAGCUCGGGAAAGGGUGGAGCAGGCAGAUCUGACUCUGGUGGUUGUGGACUGUGCUCACGUUCCCGCUGACGCUCAGCAGGCUGCAGCUUUCCUACAGGAACACCUGAGGAGUGUGCUGCCCGCCCAGGAGCCGACGGACACAGCGUUUCCUGCAGACAGGUGUCUCCUGGUGGUGAAUAAGACCGACCUGCUGCCUGAAGGUGAGAGACAGAAGCUGGACAUGGAGCUGAGACGGGUCCCUGGACUUCCUCCUGUCUGUCUCAUCUCGUGUCACACUGAUGAAGGACUGCAGGACUUCCUCACGCUGCUGCACAGCUCCGUCAAAACUCUGUGUGGCGACCCCCUGUCUGGUGGCCCCACCCUGACCCAGGCUCGCCACAGGGCCCACCUGCAGCAGUGCGUGGCGGCUCUGGCUCAGUACAGAAUGUACCGGGACGCCGACCUCGCUCUGGCAGCCGAAGGCGUCCGGUUGGCUCUCACCAGCCUGGGACGGAUCACUGGCCGAGUCGGGGCCGAGGAGAUCCUGGACAUCAUCUUCAAAGAUUUCUGCAUCGGAAAAUAGUCCGAUGAGAUGUGGUGAUAAUCGCCUGCUCGGAGAGGAAAGCUGGGCUCUCGUGCCGUCCCAGUUGGACCAGUAAAGACAACGAGACAAAGGGGCAAGACCUCGGCUUCGUGCCAGACUGAAGAGAAUAAAACUUGUGUUGUUGGCUGCAGAAAAUGCCUCUUCUCCCCAGACACAAACAUGUUUGUUUUCUCUCUGCCUUUUUUUAAUGGACUGAAAUAGUUCCAGCGUGAUGACAGGUGCCUCAGAGGCCCUGUGUGCCGGGCCAGUGUUUGGCUCGUCUUGAGUCGUAAUUUAAAAAUAGAUUUUCAGGCCCUUUGAUAUGUGAACACAUGUAUUAGGCUCCAGGGUCACAACACAGCAGCCAAGAAGAUUUAAAGUGAAGCCAGCUGCAGACUUCUGAAGGUCACUCCCUCGAUGAUUGGAUGUUUACCUGCUCUGCAGGACAAUGAUGGAUUUGUUUGGGGAGCAGAUAUCGUUUCAGCUGAGUGUGUGUGUUUGAUGAGAAAUUGAAUUUGCCAUUUGUUGUAUAAUAUGAAAUAUUUAACCAUUUAAUUGGUGAAUCUUCAUACAUAAUAAAUAUCCCAGUGGAUCCUGGAUGUUUAAA